CUCUCUCUCAUGAGUUCCAGGUAUAGGGCACAAAUCUAUACAUGUAUGUAAUGCAUGUGUAUUUCGCUAUACGUAGGUCUCAGCCUUCUUUCUACACCAAUCACACCCCGAGGUUCAUUCAACGGCCCACCCCUUCGAUAUCUGGCCCCGCCGCCUUAUUUCCCCAACUAUAUUAAUUGUUCAUCUCGUCUCACAUUCAUUCACGUUUUGCGAAGCUGGUACACGUUUCGAACAUUUGAAUCACAAACAAUAUACCAGUAGUUCACAAAUUUCUAACUUCAGGAAUGUCUAUACUCUAUGUGGAUGUGGCACAAAAUGGUCAUGCAAGUAUUGAUUCUUCAAUUACUGUGGACGGAUUUGAUGAAUGCUUCUCGAGGUUAUCUGAUAAGCCAAGACCGUUGAAUUUGAAUACGGAGAGACAGAGAUCAUGUGAUGAAAGGUCACUCAGUGAAUUGACUAUUGGGUUGUCUCCUCACCCCUUAUUUAGAAAUGUGGACAACUCUUCCAGAUUCAUGGACCAUUUUGACACUGGAGUUCACACCCCCAUAACACCAAAUGGGUUUGAGACUCAUCCGAUGGUCACAGAGGCUUUGGAUGCAUUGAGGCGUUCGUUAGUGUUCUUUCGCGGUCGACCAGUUGGGACAAUUGCAGCUUUGGACAGCUCUGAUGAAAACCUUAACUAUGAUCAGGUGUUCGUGAGAGACUUUGUUCCAAGUGCAUUGGUUUUCUUGAUGAAGGGGGAACCUGAAAUAGUUAAGAAUUUUCUUGUGAAGACUCUUCGUCUUCAAUCUUGGGAGAAAAAGAUUGAUCAGUUCCAGCUGGGAGAAGGAGUGAUGCCAGCUAGUUUCAAAGUACUCCACGAUCCAAAAAGGAAUACUGAAACUUUAAUGGCAGAUUUUGGUGAAAGUGCAAUAGGAAGAGUUGCACCAGUUGAUUCUGGCUUCUGGUGGAUUAUAUUGCUCCGUGCGUACACAAAGUCUACUGGAGACACUUCUUUGGCUGAAAAACCUGAAUGCCAGAAGGGCAUGCGCCUGAUACUGAGUUUAUGUCUUUCGGAGGGAUUCGACACAUUCCCAACUCUUCUUUGUGCUGAUGGAUGCUCUAUGAUUGAUCGCAGAAUGGGUGUAUACGGUUACCCGAUUGAAAUACAAGCACUCUUCUUCAUGGCUUUGAGAUGUGCUUUACUUUUACUCAAGCAAGAUGCUGAGGGGAAGGCGUUUGUAGAACGAAUUGCUAAGCGUCUUCAUGCCUUGAGCUUUCACAUGAGAAGUUACUUUUGGCUAGACUUGAAGCAGCUUAAUGACAUCUAUCGAUAUAAGACAGAGGAGUACUCGCACACUGCAGUCAACAAAUUCAAUGUAAUGCCUGAUUCUCUCCCUGAAUGGGUGUUUGAUUUUAUGCCAAAACAUGGGGGCUACUUCCUUGGUAACGUUGGCCCAUCAAAUAUGGAUUUCCGUUGGUUUUGCUUGGGAAAUUGUAUGGCCAUAUUAUCAUCCUUAGCAACUCCUGAACAAUCUACUGCAAUCAUGGAUCUAAUAGAAUCACGUUGGCAAGAAUUGGUGGGAGAAAUGCCACUAAAAGUUUGUUAUCCAGCCAUUGAAAGCCAUGAAUGGCGGAUCGUAACAGGAUGUGAUCCGAAGAAUACCAGGUGGAGUUAUCAUAAUGGAGGGUCUUGGCCAGUGCUUCUAUGGCUACUCACAGCCGCAUGUAUUAAGACAGGGAGACCACAAGUUGCAAGACGCGCCAUUGAACUCGCUGAAACUAGGUUGUCAAAAGACAAUUGGCCUGAAUAUUAUGAUGGGAAACGUGGUCGAUACAUAGGGAAACAGGCUCGAAAAUUCCAAACCUGGUCCAUUGCUGGUUAUUUGGUGGCAAAAAUGAUGUUGGAAGAUCCAUCCCAUUUGGGUAUGGUAGCUCUGGAGGAAGACAAACAGAUGAAGCCUGUUCUGAAAAGAUCAUCUUCAUGGAUUCUUUAGUUUUCAUUAGUCUUUUAUCUUCCCUCAUCGAACUCCGCUCUUCAAAUUUCAGCUGGGUAUUCGGGGUCCAGAGAGAAACAGCUGCAGAAUUAUGAGUUCUAAGUGGAGAAUCCUGAGUUCUAACUAGUACUGAGAAAAGAAAUGACAACAUAUUCAAGAACAGAAUAGGUGCUUAUGAAAAGGAAAGAACUGUAAAUUUUUCCUACUUUUUGCCCUUCAAUUUUGCUUACGGAAUUCAUUUCACGGAGUAUGUGCACUGUGUAGUCUGUUGAUUCGUUACC